AUGACCGCCGACAUGUCGGAAAAGUCGCCCAUGGGCGCGCAAUCAGUACCGACCUCUAGCCACAGCGCUUCUUCAGAUCUCGAUGCCACGCUUUCAUCGAGACAUGGCAAGGAGGCGGAAAUCGACCUGAAAAAGAUCGACUCCAAGCCACCUGCUCCUCCUCCUCCCAAGUCCGACGACAUCGAUGAGCUUUACGCUCAUCUGCCUCCCAACCAGGCUGAGAUCCUGAAGCGUCAGGUCUACACCCCGGAGAUCAAGGCCGGAAUCAAAGCCGUCUAUCGAUAUGCCUCCCGCACCGAUUUGGCCAUCAUCUUCGUGUCGUCCUUCUGUGCCAUCGCUUCUGGUGCUGCCAUUCCCAUGAUGACUAUCAUCUUUGGUAGACUCCAAAAUACCUUUCAGUCAUACUUUUAUAGCGGCGGUAACAUGUCCUAUGAUGAGUUCAUCAAUGAAAUGAGCCACUUUGUCCUCUACUUCGUCUAUCUGGCCAUUGGAGACUUCGUCGUCACCUACAUCUGCACCGUUGGUUUCAUUUACACUGGUGAGCAUAUUGCUGCCAAGAUCCGCGAACACUACCUACAGAGCUGCAUGCGCCAAAACAUUGGCUAUUUCGACAAGAUCGGUGCCGGUGAAGUCACCACACGCAUUACGGCUGAUACCAACCUCAUCCAGGAUGGUAUUUCGGAAAAGGUUUCCCUUACCCUCGCAGCUCUGGCUACUUUCUUCACUGCAUUCAUCAUUGGUUUUGUUAAUUACUGGAAAUUGACUCUUAUCCUCUCCUCUACUGUCUUCGCCUUGCUUCUCAACGUUGGCAGUGGCGGCCGUCUUAUGCUCAAGAACAACAAAGCUUCUCUCGAAGCGUUUGCUCAGGGCGGCAGCUUGGCUGAUGAGGUUCUCAGCUCAGUUCGGAAUGCUAUUGCUUUUGGAACCCAAGAUCGCCUUGCCAAGCAGUAUGAUAAGCACCUUGGGAAGGCUGAAUACUACGGAGUUCGGGUCAAGUCUGCUAUGGGCGUCAUGAUCGCCGGCAUGAUGCUUAUCCUGUUUCUGAAUUACGGUCUGGCUUUCUGGCAAGGCAGCAAGUUCAUCAUUGAAGGAAUUGUCCCAUUGUCCAAAAUCCUGACCAUUAUGAUGUCCGUCAUGAUUGGUGCUUUCCAACUCGGCAACGUCACCCCCAACAUCCAGGCUUUCACCACUGCUCUUGCAGCAGCUGCCAAGAUCUUCAACACCAUCGAUCGAAUCUCUCCGCUCGACCCUUCAGACGACAAGGGUGAGAAACUUGCUGACUUUAAGGGCAACAUUCGCUUGGAAAACGUUGAGCACAUUUAUCCCUCUCGACCCGAAGUCAAGGUCAUGAAUGGCGUGUCGCUUGAGAUCCCUGCUGGCAAAACAACUGCUUUGGUUGGUGCUUCCGGAUCUGGUAAGAGUACUAUUGUUGGUCUCGUUGAACGAUUUUACGAUCCUGUCGGAGGCACCGUUUACUUGGAUGGCCAUGACAUUAGCACCCUCAACCUGAAAUGGCUGCGCCAGCAAAUGGCCCUUGUUAGCCAGGAACCAACCCUCUUCGGAACGACCAUCUAUCACAAUAUUCGCCAUGGCUUGAUUGGAACGGAACACGAACAUGCGACCGAGGAGAAGCAGCGCGAGCUCGUCAUGGCCGCGGCUGCUAAGGCCAACGCUCACGACUUCAUUUCUGCCCUCCCUGAAGGAUACGAGACCAACGUUGGUGAACGCGGUUUCCUUUUGUCUGGUGGCCAGAAACAACGUAUCGCAAUUGCUCGUGCCGUCGUGUCAAACCCAAAGAUUCUACUGCUAGACGAAGCCACAUCUGCUCUCGACACCAAGUCUGAAGGCGUUGUCCAAGCUGCCUUGGAAGCUGCCUCUCAGGGCCGAACCACAAUUACCAUUGCCCACAGGUUAUCCACUAUCAAGGAUGCCCACAAUAUCGUCGUCAUGUCCCAAGGUAGCAUUGUUGAGCAAGGUACCCACGAUGAGCUGCUUGAGAAGCAAGGUGCCUACUACAACCUUGUUUCAGCCCAGAAGAUUACUGUCGCUCAAGAGAACACUGAAGAGGAAGAGGAGAUUUCCGAGAAGGAGGAGCUUAUCCGCAAGCUGACCACCAACAAGGAGGAGUACACGGUUGACCCUGAUGAUGACAUCGCCGCUAAGCUGGAUCGAUCUGCUACGCAAAAGUCGGCCUCGAGCAUUGCCCUUCAGAAGCGCAAGCAAGAGGAGGAACAAAAGUACAGCCUGUGGACUCUUAUCAAGGUCAUCGCUGCCUUCAACGCCCCCGAGUGGAAACUAAUGCUGGUCGGCCUCUUCUUCUCUACCAUUUGCGGUGGCGGUAACCCAACCUCUGCAGUCUUCUUCGCCAAACAAAUCGUCACUCUCUCGCAGCCCAUCACUCCAGCGAACGCGCACCACGUCAAGAAAGACUCCGAUUUUUGGAGCGCCAUGUACUUGAUGCUCGCCUUUGUCCAGUUCUUUGCCUUUGCAACCCAGGGUGUCUUGUUUGCCAUCUGCUCCGAACGCCUUGUCCACCGCGUUCGAGACCGUGCUUUCCGCGCCAUGCUGCGCCAGGAUGUUGCUUUCUUUGACAGGGAUGAGAAUACCGCUGGUGCUUUAACGUCGUUCCUCUCCACCGAGACAACCCAUGUUGCUGGCCUUAGCGGUGCCACUCUCGGUACGUUGCUCAUGAUGUCCACAACUCUCAUUGUCGCCAUCGUCCUGUCGGUUUCGAUCGGAUGGAAGCUCUCGCUCGUUUGCACUGCCUGCAUUCCCAUCUUGCUGGGAUGCGGAUUUUUCCGGUUUUGGCUGCUUGCUCACUUCCAGCGUCGCUCCAAGGCCGCUUAUGCUGCGUCGGCAACUUUUGCUUCCGAGGCCAUCUCUGCUAUCCGGACUGUUGCUGCCCUCACUCGUGAAGAAGACGUCUUGAAGCUGUACCACGAUUCGCUUGUUGAGCAGCAACGACGCAGUCUUAGAUCGGUGCUGAAAUCCAGUUUGUUGUACGCUGCCUCGCAAUCGUUGAACUUUUUGGUCUUUGCAUUGGGUUUCUGGUACGGUGGUACCCUGAUUGGAAAGGGCGAAUAUAACCUUUUCCAGUUCUUCCUCUGCUUCAUGGCUGUCGUUUUCGGCGCCCAGUCGGCUGGUUCCAUUUUCUCCUUCGCCCCCGACAUGGGCAAGGCUCAUCACGCCGCUAGGGAGCUGAAGGUUCUGUUCGAUCGUCAGCCCACCAUCGACACCUGGUCAGAGCAAGGCCAGCCGUUGCCCGAGGUCGAGGGCAGCCUUGAAUUCCGCGAUGUUCACUUCCGUUAUCCAACCCGCCCGGAGCAGCCAGUUUUGCGAGGAUUAAACUUGACCGUCCAGCCUGGACAGUACGUUGCUCUAGUUGGUGCCUCUGGCUGCGGCAAGAGUACUACAAUUGCCCUCUUGGAACGAUUCUACGACCCAUUAACUGGUGGUGUGUACAUUGAUGGCAAAGAAAUCAGCACGCUUAACCUGAACGAAUACCGAUCCCACAUUGCCCUGGUUAGCCAAGAGCCGACGUUGUAUCAAGGAACUAUCAAAGAGAACAUUCUGCUCGGAACUGCGGACCCAGAUAUCACAGACGACGCCGUGGAAUUGGCUUGUCGCGAGGCCAACAUCUAUGAAUUCAUCACGUCCUUACCCGAAGGGUUUAACACCAUUGUCGGUAGCAAGGGAGCUCUGUUGUCUGGUGGUCAGAAACAGCGUAUUGCUAUUGCUCGAGCCCUUAUUCGCCACCCCAAGAUCCUUCUUCUUGAUGAGGCGACUUCUGCUCUGGAUUCUGAGUCUGAACACGUUGUGCAGGCUGCCUUGGACAAGGCUGCAAAGGGCCGUACCACCAUUGCCGUGGCCCACCGUCUCAGCACGAUCCAAAAGGCAGAUGUCAUCUACGUCUUCAAUCAGGGCCGCAUAGUCGAAGCUGGUACUCAUGCUGAGCUGAUGAAGAAGGACGGCCACUACGCUGAGCUUGUCAAGCUCCAGAGUCUGGCCAAGAACAACUAG